UCGGGGCUCUAUGAAUAUAAAAUCUACAGCAUACUUACUGAUUGUUCCCCAGAGCUAUGUGCUGAAGUUUAUAUGGACUUAAACUACAGAACAAAAUGGGACCAAUAUGUUAAAAAUGUACGUGAGAAAACUCAGGAUGGCAAAACAGCUAUCUACUGGGAAGUGAAGUUCCCCUUCCCCUUGGCAAACAGAGAUUAUGUUUUUGUUCGUGAUCGUCGAGAUAUGGAGCUUGAUGGGCAGAAGAUCUAUGUUAUAUUGGCUAAAAGUGUGAAUACUGUUAAAUUCUCAGAAAAGCCUGGGAUUGUUAGAGUAAAGAAUUAUAAACAAGGUGUGGCCUUUGCAAGUGAUGGCAAGAAAGGGUGCAAAGUUUUCAUGACCUAUUUUGAUGAUCCUGGUGGAAGGCUUCCUUCGUGGGUUGUCAAUUGGGCAGCUAAGACUGGUGUUCCCAACUUCUUGAAAGACAUGCAGAAAGCUUGCCACAGUUAUCGUAAGAGAUAGACGGCU